AUGGACUCCCUCAAAUCCUCCUCCGCGCGUAAACUCCCCAUCAAGCGUCGUCCCCCUCCUCUCUCCUCCUCCUCCCCUCCUUCCCCUUCCCCUUCCCCUGACCCUUCCUCCACUCUCCCCUACUCCGACGAUGCCGCCGACGAUGAUCCUUCCUCCGACUCCCUCCAUCCUCCUCCUUUCAAGUUCCAGCAGCAUCCGGGUCCGAGUCCGAUGAGAUCCGCUUCCUCCAAGGCCUUCUCGGGCGCCACGCUCGAUCCCAUGGUCUUCCCCGCGACCUCAAUCUCUUCUUUGAUCGCUUCUCGAGCACAUGGCUCGACCUUUCACUCGCUCUCGACUUUCCGAGAAGCUCCGACGUCUUCGCACCAAGUUCCGCAUCAUGUCCGGUCGUAUCCACCGUGGCCAGGACCCCUCCCGUCUUGCCCCCCAUGUUGA